GGAGCAGGGCCGGUCGGGUGGGCGCUGCUCGGCCCAGCGCGGCCUUGCCGAGCCGUGGUGCCAGCACAGGAGGGAAACUGCAGGGAGGUGAUCUCAUCGCGUGUGGCUCAUUCGGUAACUGUGCUCUGUGUAGAGAACGGGGCCGCACGCAGCGUCCUGCUUUCGCCCUGCUCUGUGUUUAGCUUUAACGCAGCGCCCGCGGUUCUGAAGCUGAGGGCCUCGUUGUGUGGUGUCACAUUGAGAACAGCGCACGAGAGAACUUUCUCAUCGUGUCAGCCCAUCCUUCUGUCCCCAGGAUGUCUUCAGGCGCGCUCUUUCCGAGUCUGGUGCCAGGCUCCCGUGGCUCUUCGAGUAAAUACCUGGUGGAAUUCCGGGCAGGAAAGAUGUCCCUGAAGGGCAGCACUGUGACCCCAGACAAGAGGAAAGGCCUUGUUUACAUCCAGCAGACCGAUGAUUCCCUCAUCCAUUUCUGCUGGAAGGACAGGACCUCGGGCAAUGUUGAAGAUGAUUUGAUUAUUUUUCCUGAUGAUUGUGAAUUCAAAAGGGUUCCUCAGUGUACUACUGGCCGUGUGUAUGUAUUGAAGUUCAAGGCAGGAUCAAAACGACUCUUCUUCUGGAUGCAGGAGCCGAAGACAGACAAGGAUGAAGAACAUUGCCGUAAAGUGAAUGAGUAUCUCAACAACCCCCCAAUGCCUGGUGCUUUGGGUGGAAAUGCGAGCGGAGGCCACGAGCUCUCAGCAUUAGGAGGUGAGGGUGGCUUGCAAAGCCUUCUUGGAAACAUGAGCCAUAACCAGCUCAUGCAGCUGAUCGGACCAACGGGCUUAGGAGGACUUGGUAAAAUGCUUUAAUAUCUUUAUGCCAAAGUGGUAUUUUCUCCUGCCAGGUUAAAUCUUACCUGACAAUAUUUCCAAGUAGUGCUGUUGAUUUGAAUAGCACUUCUGUCACGUGAGAAAGCAAGGCUCUGCCUCAGAGAUGAGUUAUGGGGCCCAAAAAAAAAA